CCAGGCUUCCCCUCGCAUUGGAGAGUGGAGUCCCCGAGACCUCUCCGGGGCAACAUUCAGACAGAGCAGGCUCCAGGCCACCACGAUGCCCGCACCUGCCUCCCCACCCCGCCUGCCUCGGCCAUCCCUGCUGCUGCCUCUGCUGCUGGGCCUCACAGGUGUGGCAGGUGAAACGGAGCUGCAGGUGAUCCAGCCUGAGAAGUCAAUGUCUGUCGCAGCAGGACAGACAGCCACUCUGCACUGCAUCCUGACCUCCCUGCUCCCCAGUGGGCCGGUUGAGUGGUUCAGGGGAACAGGGCCAGCCCGGCAGUUAAUCUUCAGUUUCAGAGGAGGCCACUACCCCCGAGUAACAAAUGUUGCAGACAUCACAAAGAGAAACACCACGGACUUUUCCAUCCGCAUCAGUAACAUCACCCCAGCAGAUGCUGGUACCUACUACUGUGUGAAGUUCCAGAAAGGGACCCCUGACGUGGAGUUUAAGUCUGGACCAGGCACCAGGAUGUUUGUACGUGAAGCUAAGCCCUCUCUUCCAGAGGUUUCUGGCCCCUCCAACAGGAUCAGCCCAGGCCAGACAGUGAAUCUCACCUGCACAUCAACUGGCUUCUUUCCCAAAAGCAUACGCCUGAAAUGGCUUGAAAAUGAUGUGGAGCUUCCGGCAUUUCAGACCCUGGUCUUCCUGCCUAGAGAUGCUGGAUCCUACACCAUCGUCAGCACGGUGCUGGUGACCCUUGACUUAUCCUCACUCCACUCCCAGCUCACCUGCCAAGUGGCUCACAGUACAUUGCAGAGCCCCCUCAGUAGGCACGUGAACAUCUCCAAAUUCCUCCAAGUUAUACCCACAGUGACUGUUUCAUCCCACCGAGUCCCAAGCCUCCAGUUGGCCAUCCUCACCUGCUACGUGCAAAGGUUCUACCCUGAAGCCAUACAAAUCACCUGGCUGGAGGUGAACAGACGCUUUAAGGCCUGUGAGCCUCCCACCCCCACCAAGAACCCAGAUGGCACAUUCAGCCAAGACAAUCAUAUCCUGGUUUACACCUCAGAGGACAAAGCGCUGUUCACCUGCGAAGUGCAGCAAGAGGCCCAGCCACUGAUCCAGGCCCACGUGCAGCUGAGUGAGUCCAGAGGCCAGCCAGCGUGUUUGGAUGCCAGGGCGUCCAGCUCCCUCUCUGGGACCCUCAUCCUGCUUGGCUGGAAGUUGUUUCCCUUGACUGCACUUUGCAUCAUCUAUGUCCUCAAGAGGAGAUUCCCUUCCAAGAGGACUGAUGCAGGAGAGGCACUGGCCAUGAAGUCUGCAACCACUACCAAAGCUUCUCAUGCCUCACCAGCCUUCUGAGACCUGUCCUGCGGGCUCUUUCUCCCUGUCUCCUGCAGGCCCCAGAGAAAGUGAGAGCCUGGACCAGGAGGGUCAGUAGUGAGAGGAAGGCUCUCACAUCCUAUGAAGGAAAGAAGCUUUUCCGGGGAUUCUGGGCAUGAAGUUCAUGACCCUGAGCAAGAAACCCAGCAGAGGCAAAACAAGCUCCUACCCAGGGAGAAACACAAACCUGCAAUUCUGAAAGCCCCUCCCCAACUCCUCAAGGAAAGCCCAUGGUGGACACCCAAACUGGCAUGAAACCUUUACAGCUCCGUCAUUAAAAUGGGAUUAAAAGACACAGAUCUGUACUUCUGAAACAAAUAACGCAACAUAUUUUAAGAAAAAAGAAAAAGAAGAAGAUAACAGGAGAGGAAGAAUGAAGGGGAGUAAGUCAGAGGAGGAGACGAACCAUGAGAGA